UCCAAAUUCACUGAGAGGGGCAGCACAACCAGUGGUUUCAUCUUCCAUGAGAUCGUCACAGCCAGCUCAUGCAGUGCUGCCUACAGUGUCAUCACAAGCUCAAGCAUCUGGUUCUGCACCUCCAGUAUCUUCUGCUGCUUUAAUGCCUGCAACCAUCCAAGCCCAUUCAGUUCUGCCUGGAGGAGCACAGGGCUUUCAGUCAUAUCCAGGCAUGCCAUUUGCUUAUUCCCAAACUGCUGCAUCUGCUUCUCAGCUCCAGCCUGUAGGACAGAUGUAUCCUGCACCUUACCAAGCACCUGGGGACGUUACUUCCUUUUUGAUGACAGAAGUUCGGCAGCAUAACACUGAAAUCCGGCUGGCUGUUAGCAAAGUAGGAGAUAAAAUGGAUCAUCUGGCUGCCAAGGUUGAGGAGAUGAAGAAACAAAAUGCCGGGAACAGUUCACUACUGCCUGGUAUCUCAUCUGUUACUAUGGAAGCCUCUAUGAUCAUGAGCAACAUCCAGCGGAUAAUCCAGGAGAACGAGAGACUGAAGCAGGAGAUAUUUGAGAAGAGCAGUCGAAUUGAGGAGCAGAAUGAAAAAAUCAGUGAGCUGAUAGAGCGGAAUCAGAGGUAUGUCGAACAGAGUAACUUGUUGAUGGAGCAGAGGAACCACUCACUGCAAACAACAAAUGAAAACACACAGGCAAGAGUGUUGCAUGCAGAACAGGAGAAGGCCAAAGUUGCAGAGGAGUUGGCAUCUGCCACAGCACAAGUGUCCCAGCUGCAGCUGGAGCUGACUGCACAUCAGAAGAAGGAAAUGGAUCUGCGGAAACAGCUCUCUGCUGCCCUGCAGGAGGCAGAGCGACACGAGGCACAGCUCAACAAAAUGCAGGCACAGUUAGCAGAGCUCCAAGAAGCCUCUGAGGACACCCAAACUAGAUUCAAAGCUGAGAAGCAGAGCCGUAAACACUUGGACAUGAAGAUUUCAGCACUGGAAGAGGAACUAACAGACCUAAAAGUAGAAAAGGAGACUCUUGAAAAGAAUCUUGCUGAGAGGAAGAAGAAAUCCCUCUCUGAGAGAGCUCAAGCAGAGGAAGAGAUGGAAGAAAUACGCAGAUCAUAUCAGCAGGAAUUGGACAAACUUCGACAGUUGCUGAAAAAGGCAAGGACCUCAACUGACCAGGCAGCAGCAGAGCAGCUGUCACUCAUCCAGGCAGAGCUGGAAUCCCAGUGGGAAGCCAAAUGUGAACGGACGCUGGCCUCUGCCAAGGAGCAGCAUGUGAGGCAGUACCAGGAGGUGUGUGAGCAGAGAGACUCCCUGCAGCAGCAGGUGUUGCAGAUGGAAGAGAAGCUGGUAGCUCUGAAACAGUUGAAAAAAGCAGAGGAACAAAAAUUGUCUGAGCUUCAGCAACAUUUGGAACAACUGGAGCCUAUCAAAGAGAAGUAUUCAGCCUUGCAGUCUGAAAUGGUGAUGCUGAAGGCUCGCUAUGAAGAAUGUAUCCAAAAGCUGGAGAAGAAUCAGGACAGAUCUUCACCUGUGAACUUCACAGAAGAAGUAAAGAAGAUAAUGAAUGGGGUAUUUCAGUCUCUUCGGGAUGAAUUUGAGCUGGAGGAGACAUACAGUGGCAGGAUGGUUCUAGGUGUUGUCAUGAACACUAUCAAGACUGUAACACUGCAGCUACUCAGCAAGCAGCAGGAGAGACCAGAGCAUGACAGUAAAAAGGAAGAGGAAUCUGGAGUGGGGAGACCAGAGGGAUCGCUUAGAGCAAAGACAGACCAGGAGGAGCGCGUGCAGCACGGCCCUGCCCGGGGUGCUGUGUGCUCUGCUGAUCCCAGAGAAGUGAGCACACGCUCAUCGUCGUCUGGCCACAAAGGUGAAGCUGCAGCUCCUGCUCCUGAGGCCAGAAUGCCUGAGGAGGAGCAGGCACUGCACAGCAGUGGAGUGCUGGAAGAGGAGGUGGUCCAGCAGGAAUUUCUCUCUUCUGGAGCUGAACGCUGCUUGAAUGCUGAUAAGGGGCCUGAGCUUGUAGAACAGGUCAUUCCCAAGGUGGAUGAGGAUUUUGUUCUGGCUGAGCAAAAGCAGGAGAGCAGCCCCAUAAAGAAAGCAGAGACUGAACAUGGUCCCUUUGGAGUGUCCUUACAGGCAGAAGCUGCAGAUCCUUCUUUUCUAGAAACCGAGACGGAAGAAACAGAUGUGGCUGUGCUUGCAGACAAACCAGCAGCAGAACAGGAGGCAGAGGAGCCUGUGGGAGGUUUAGAGCCCCCUCCCUUAAGAAGUGAGGGAGAAAACUGCACAGACCCGUCAGAUGGAGCUGGUUCUGACCAGGAGCCUGCUUUAGUAUCCAAAACGGAGGAGAAGAGCUCAACUACCAUCAGAGAAGUCCCACAGCAGCAGGAACUGGGCUCCAGUCCCAGCCAAAAGGGCUCCAGGCUCUUUGAGGACGAGGACUUCUUCAAAACAACAUCUCUUAAAUCACCAAAGCCUCGAGUUCCCUCCGAAGAGGAGGAUGAGGAGGAAGUGAGCAUGAAGGGUCGCCCUCCUCCUGCUCCACUCUUUGGUGAUGACGAUGAUGAUGAUCUCGACUGGCUGGGAUGAAGAGCUGCCUGCUGAGCCUGUGAGGCCUCCUGUGGGCACGGCCACUCCCUGUGCACAUAGCACUUAAUGAGCUGCAUUUGUGGGACAGCUGUGAACAACCAAGGACUCCUCGGGCUCUUCUACUGCAGACUGACAGGGCCUGAGAGCAGGAGUCUCCCUUUGCACUCUUGGGCACUCAGACCAGCUGUUCUGAACUGACAGACAUGCACAGAGGUUGGGAUGAGCUGGAGGAACCGACUGGUCUCACUGCGUGUUUGUAUUGCUGUUCUGUGAACCAUUGAUUGAUUAAUCAGAAACUUUAUGCAAAUUUGAACUACAUAAAGUGCUUCAGAAGAACAAGUCUGGCAGGACCCUGCGGUAGGUAACUACUUUUAUAGAAGUCAGACUAAGAGUGAAGAUCUCUUGGCAAUGAUUCUGUCUGCUGCAGCCAGCCCAGCUUCUCUCCUGUGCCUUUUGCUCUGUUGCUGUGAUGAAUGCAGCACGAGUGAAUGGAAUGGAGGCCGGGUGUGCUGUAAUGCAGCCUCAGCUGGGCUCUGCUGGGAGCCAGGAGUGAAGUUCAGCUGCUCAGUGUGAGUGGAGCGAGGAAAGAGGGCAAGGAGGAGAGGCAGCUGUGCAGAGAGGUUGGAUUUUGGAUUUCUCGUGGCACUUCUGUUCUGCACUUAAAGCAACUUAGAAGGAAGGAACGGUAGAUAGUGUUGUUAAAACAAGUAACACACAGACCCCUGUUCCAUUAAUAAGAUGGAAGUUACUAGGGUAAUUCCACCACUGAACUUGGCCUGUGCCAUCUUCUCUGGGGAGAAAAGAAGUAUCUGUGUGCAGCCAUCUGUCAGCCCCCUGCCCCUGUACAGCGCUCUGUGUGGCAAAUGGCCAAAAGCAGCUGAAACUGGAGAGGAGACCAAAGUCUGUGGAGCAGCCAAAUAGCUGCUGGGGCUGUGCUGCUGUCAUAGGGUGAAUGUGGCUGAGGUUUCCUAACAGCUGCUCCAGACAUCAAAGAAUCGAAUUGUAUCUCAGUGCUGAAAGUUGAUGGUGUCUGAGUGCACAAACCCUGCUGUGCUCCAGCCUCCCUGCUGCAGCAGUGCCCUGUGCAGGUUGCAACUAACACAUUCCGCUCCUUGUUUCCUGUUACAGGUAGCCUGAAGGACUUGCAUUUCAUUUCUUGAUAAAUAAAGUGCAAUUAAACCUGU